AUGCACAGGCUGCGUCAGCACGUUGGGCCCAGUGUCGGGUUUGAGCCCAGUUUGGGAUCCAGCGGCUGCAUGGCUGAGAUCUGCCCAGUGUGGGCUCAUUGGCGGCGACGACGACGAGUGGAGGCAAGAUGGUUUAUAGUGCUUGCUGUGGUUCUCUUUGGCCUAACAUACAGCCCUCAAGAACAGUGCUCUCUCAAUCUGGUUGAUCAUGGCAGGGGUUACUUGGGCAUCCUCAUUGCCUGUGUGAUAUCAGAGGCUGCUAUAAUCUGGCUUAGUAUGCGAGGAAGUAUCCUUUACACAGAGCCACGAGAUUCAAUGCAGUACAUCUUGUACAUCCGUAUGGCAAUUGUGCUAAUAGAAUUUGCAUACGCAAUCAUAGGAAUUGUCUGGUUAGUGCGGUACUACCACUCCUGUAAUGACACUACUGCAAAGAAUGUUACUUUGGGAAUUGUAACCUGCAAUUGGGUCGUUAUUCUGAGCGUCUGUAUAACCGUAAUGUGCGUCUUCGACAGAACAGGCAGGACGUUUGUGAAACUUCGGGCAACGAAACGGCGUCAACGCAACCUCAGAACUUACAAUUUACGCCAUCGUUUAGAGGAAGAACAAGCCAGUAGCUGGAGCCGGAGAUUGAAAUUUUUCCUUUGUUGUACACGUACACAGGACACACAGACUGAUGCCUAUUCUGAAGUUGCUUUUCUUUUUGCUGAGUUCUUUCGAGACUUGGAUAUUGUGCCCUCCGACAUCAUUGCUGGCCUUGUCUUGUUACGUCAGAGACAGAGGGCCAAGCGAUUUGCUGUUUUGGAUGAGGCAAACAAUGACAUUUUGGCCUUUUUAUCAGGAAUUCCAGUCACAAGAAAUACUAAGUACCUUGACUUGAAGAAUGCAGUGAGUGUUGUUCCUUACUAUAUUGAAACAAUCGGCACAUUGCCAAUGUAUAAAGUGGCUUGUACUAAAUUGUUUUAUUCACUCUGCUUUGUUUUUGACUCCUCAGGCCUGCUCAUGUUUGCAAUUACGCACAUUCUCUACACCUCAGCCUUUGGAAUGAAGCCCCUGAAUCCUGAACCUGGCUGUGGAGUUGUGGUUAUUUGUGGAAUAUCUUACUGCUUGCUCUACCCGUAUCUUUCCGGUCCCUUCACCUAUCUGGUGGCAGUUUACAUCGCUCUGAUUGGAUUCAUGGGCUGGCGAGCCAUUGCAGGAGUGCAGCUUUUCAACGACCUCUGGACAUGGACCAAACUCUGUGCCUGCCUCGGAGCCGUACUUUUCAUGGUGUCUGACCUUACCAUUGCCGUCAAUAAGUUUUGCUUCCCUGUGCCUUACUCCCGGGCCAUCAUCAUGGCCACUUACUAUGCUGCCCAGAUGCUCAUUUCCCUGUCGGUUGUGGAAUGCAAGGAUGAUAAUGAUAGGAAUAUCAGAAAGAUGAACUGAGGGACAAACCUCCUCUCCCAAUAGUAUAACAAUGUAUUCCUGAGUUCCAUAGCCACAGAAACCUGGAAAACAACGGUGUGAUCUAAUUUAGAGCCACAUGAUUUAUUUUCAUUGGUUUGCUUCUGUGUUAGUUUAUCAUUACCUCCAAGAAGUAGUCUGCAGUUAAAAAGGUGUAAUUGCAGUGGUUGAAACCAGGACAGACAUUACUCCAACUGAAAUCUAGCUAGAUGUUCUCAUCAUACUACACUUUUUUUUAGUUGUGAACUCCCUUCCCGUCAGUAAGGAGAUAAAAAUGGCCCAAAUUCAUUUUAGUAAGUAUCCCUAGCAUCAGAGAAUGAGCAGAUCUUGCAUUGCAAAACUGAAUUCUAUGACAUUGUUAAUUUCAGAGUCAUUCUCAUUAACAGUGUUCUUAAAUACCCUUUCCUUGUAGUAUUUGGAGGAGUUAUAAUUAAUAUUAGUUGUUUGAUACAUAAUUUCAGAACAAAACUAUAAUGACAUUUAAAGGGAAUUGGAAAAUAUUCGAAAGGGAAAAAUGUAAAAGAAAGGAUGAAUGAACAUUUGGAAAAUGACAAACCGGAAAAGAUCUCUUGGUCCAUUCAGCCUGUCCCAAAUAGAUAUAAUGUCUUGCACAACAUAAUGAGCACAUUCCCAUCCCAUCCUUCUGGGUGAGGUGAGAAACCAGACACAAAUCCAGGCCAGUUAAUCGGAGUGGUAGGGGAAACAGGAAAAAUUCCUUUUUGACCUCCUGAGGAAAUCAGUACUAGUCCAGGGGACCACUCUGGCCCUGAUUCACAUUCUACAAUACCUACCUCUUGUACAAAUGUUUUUUGCUUCAAGGAAUUGUUAGGGAAUUGGGAUUAAAAUAGGCACCGCCAAUUGAAGAACAGACGCAGGGUUGUUGGCCAAGUGAUAAUUUUCUGUGUUGCAGUUUUUGUAGUGUUUUGUUUGUGAUGUACAAAUUGCUAUAUGCUGAUUCAUGUAACACUCAUACCCUGGGUAAUGUUUGCAGUGACUAGAGGGACCUAAUUUUAAAUUGUGAUGGCAUGUUUUUCCUUUAAAAAAUGUGAUGUGUUUCAAUCUUUAAACAAUAACCUAUUUUCACUGUUGUAGGCCAGGCGCUGUGGGAAAGAUCUACCCUUUACUGUAAUGUGAUUUAGGGGGAAGUUCAAUGCGGUUGUUUUUUGCAUUUAGUGUAUUCUGGUGCUAACCCACAGUGAUGUUACGUCUGUGUAGAGAAUAAUUUCAUAAGUAUUUGUGAUGGGGACCAUUGCCAAAUGAGAGAAGAUUGAGGGAAGUAGAGUGCUUAAAUUCAGAAACGUGUAACUGAUGGUCGGGGCUCCUUGCUGGUAUCAUGUAUUCAGAAAAUCACUUCCAUAUUCUGUUUUUGCCAUGCAGCAUUCCACAGAAUUUAAGCUCAGAAUGAAAGUAUACCAAAAUAUAAAAAUCAAAUAUUUUACCUACAAGUCGCAAAUUAAUGUCACAUUAUUUUAAUUUGCCCUCUUAAUUCUGUCAGUUUUGAAGGUGUUGACACAAGCUGGGAUGUGGUUCAAAGGCUGCUAAUAGUCUGGUCCUUUAUCAAGCACCCAUGAGUAAGCUGGAGUAUUGAGUGAAAAGCCAUUUUCACUGUUGUGGUAUCCCAGCUGAACUCGGUCAUACCCUUAACUUGUGUCCUCACGUGCAGUCUUUCUAACAGACAUUGCUGAUCAGCAAUCGUGACAUUUUCUUUCUUCUAUAUCUCAGUCUCCAUCCAGAGACGUUCAGAAACUCUGGAACACCCGGUAAUUCUAAACAGUCUCAGGAUCAAAUCGGAGUCCUUCAUGGUUUGGCAACUCAUUAUCUUAAUGGGUCAAAGCCACUUGCUGUUGACAGUUAAUCUGAAAUUUCAUCCAUAUUUCACUUUCUGAUUGUGUUUAAUUCUAUGGGUUUCCUUGUAUCAAAACUGUCAGAGUAUCUGAAAGGAUUUCUCUUCUAUUCCUACUUCUCCAAUUGAAUGUACUCAGUUGUUUAUUCGGUGCCAGGACAUUCAUAAUUUGCACUCUUGGUUGAGGAGUGACUGUAAGGGUUUGUAAGAAAUUAUGCAAUGGCCGUUAGGACCUCUUUUGUUCAAAGUACUUUUUUGUUUCAAAUGCCAUUCCUCUCCAGAGGGGUUGGAGAGCUCAAGAACCUCUGAAAUUUCAGGACCUGUCUUUUUAGUUACAAAAUGCAAAGAUUGUGGAGUAUUCUAAACAAAAGAUAUUGCUCCUGAACUUGCCUUUCUUUUAAUAGGUAUGUAUCAAAGCCCAAUUUUCCAUUUUACAAUUUUAUUACCUGCUCCUUUCUCAGUAUUCAGACAAAAUGGUUUCUUCUUACAACUGAGAGUGCAGUAAAGUUACAGCACCAAGUAAGAAUAAUAGGCAUUACUAUUAAAUAUCAUCCAUUGGUUUCAGUGUACUAAUAACAUAAGUGUUACCAACCUGAGGACUUUCUUAGAUAAGGCAGUUUUGUGCUCAUUGGAGACAGCUAUACACACAGAAACAUGUAGGUACUGGAGAAUUACAUAGACAUCUACACGUAUAUACAUUUCCUGAACUAGAUCUAUAUAUUGAUAGUUGUAACUGCUUCCUGUGCCUAUAAUAUAUAGACCGCUGUGUGUAGCUGUCUCCUCAACAUGCAGUAUUUAGAUUGUCAUAUAACUGUAUUGUGUCUACUAUAUAUAAAGUCAUCUGUAACUGUCUGUUGUACCUACAGUAUUUAGACUGCUGUGUAACUGUAGUGUGUGCCUGCAGUAUACAGACAGUUGUAUGUAAUUGUCUCCUAUCUCCACAGUAAGUAGACUGUAUGCUGAAACUGAUUGUAAUGCCUUUAACAGUGCUGUGGCUAAGAUCAGUUAACUCAGCACAGGCUAAUAUCAUGCAUGGAAAUUUCCUUUUCUGUAUUACUGAGUUACUGCUUGCAUUAUCUAGCUGAAGCAUCAGGAAUAGUUAGCUUGUAAAUUCUGUACUGACCUCUCUGAUAUGUAGACUGUGUUCUUUAGAAAUAGUCAGACGUAAUGAUCUUUAGAAUUAUGGGUGGUUAAAAUUAAGCUGUGAUAAUAUAAUCUUUACUGAACGAUUUAGAUGGAGUUAUAAACCACAAGAGCAGUCUUCCUUCCAUCAGUUUUGGUGAGAGGCACACCGACAACAGUUUAAACAGCACCAUUUAAAUUAAAUCUCUCAUGAUAAUUAUAGGUUCUGUCCUUCUGUCAAAGAAGAAGGUAGAGAAGAACAUUUUGAAGCCCUAAUGAAGUUUAUUGCACAAAAUGUGUAGCACACAAUAUUGCAGUGUGUUGGUUAACAGGAUUUACCCCAAUGUUUUAAAUAAUUCAGCUCAUUUUAUUAAAAACCAAUGGUUUUAAUCAUUAAUGAAAUCAUAAAAUUCAAAGAACAAUGUGAAAGUAAAUGGUGCAGUAGGUUAGGAACUGGUCUUUCACUCUGGUAUCUUAAUUGAAAUUCACUGGAUGGAAUUUUGUGUAAAAGUAUCAAGAACCAAAUAUUGCCUGCUGCCUGGAAGAGUACUGGAGAAGGGAGAUCUCAAUUCAGUUUCUAGUAAUCAGAGAUACAUGGCACAAAAUUACUCCCAAUGUGAUAGUGGCUGGCAUUAAAUUGACAAAUUUGUGAGAGGACUAAAGGGUGAGAAUUAAAAAGAAUGUACAUUGCAAUUAGGCGUGUUCUUGUGACUUUGGAACUGAAGUACUGUAUAUUAUUGGAGGCAGAGUGGAUUAACUGAGUACUUGGUGCUGACAGUCAAAGCACAGCAGAAAGUAUUGUAGCAAUAAUAUCUAUUCUCUUUCUGAAUAUAGAAUAAUAAUAAACAAAACUGUCAUUUUCAAUUCUGAAGAUGGCAUGAUAAAGAACUUUCUCCAGAAACAAAGACUUACUCUAUUAAGACACAUACAUUUGAGGUGUUAGGACACAAUUUUAGAUACAAUAAGGUAUUAAUAACAUAGGACUGUUGGGUAUUAAGUCUACAAUAUUAUACCAACCUAGGUGAAGAACUAGUGCAGGACGUCACCAAAGUUUAAAAUAACACAAAAAAACAAAGUAAAUGAACAUUAAGGUUCUGAAAACUCAGUUUCAGGGGGAUGGAAAGACAGAGGGGGCUAAGGAGACCCAAAACUUGGUGUCAUGUGGAAGAAUGAGAGUCUGAGAGAGAAUAGGGGAGAAAGGUGGGCAUUUAGGUUAACAAGAAGAAGAAAGGAAAUGUAGAGGAGUAGUGAUCUCAACAAAAUUGCAAAGGUAAGGAGAGAAAGAAAGGUUCCAAUGGAUAAAGAAAUGUCAGAGAUUAGAGAUAAGACAAAUAUUUCUUAUUAUAAAACCAACAUUUUCUUGUAUCAUAUCCAUGUAUGCAAGAAAGAGGCAAGAAGAACUUGGAAACUUUAAAAAUGAAAUUUAAUAUCUCUUUAAUGUUAACUUCAAGCUGACAUUCAGAUUCUGAUGACUCAAACAAGUAUGUGCACACACAGCUGAUUUCCCUGGUCAGAGAGCAACAUGGGCCAGCAUUAUUGACUGAAGGUUAACAUUUCAGGCUAAUGACCGUUAAUCAGAAUGGUUAAUAUGAAAUGCUAACUCUGUUUCUCUCUGGAUAGAUAUUGCCGGACCCUCUGAGUGCUUUCAGGAAUUUCUUUUAAUUUCAGUCUUAAGUGGAGCUAAAAUUUGGGGGACAUGUGUACAGCAGGCUUCCCAACCCUAUGGCCUGUUAAAUCACAACAGUUAAGACUUGAAGUUGAUAUUAUUCAAAUGAAGGAUUUUAGAAAAAUCUUGGAGAUCAGGUUGGUAUAUUUUUCUAGUUAAAUCUGUUUUCAGUACACUGAUCAAGAAAGAAACAAGCCAAAUAUUGCAAGGCAAGAGAGAAACAAAAAUAGCAAUGUUCUGUAAUAGAGGUAAAAAUAUGAUAAAGAAAACAGAAAGCAGUAGUAUUUUAAAAAAAAUACAAUGAAGUUUGGAAAUUAAAGAUGAAACUUUUUCCCAACCAUGUGAGGACAAUUCUGUUUAACUCUGUUAAAAUUCUCUCUCCUUUCUUGAAGGCACAAGCUCAUAUCUUGGAAAUGCUCUCAAUUUGUCAUGCUUUAUGCAUUAACUUAGCUAGGAAGCUAUUUGGACUGCAUCAAAGUCAGCCCAUUCCUUUUCCAUUCAAAGUCUACAAACUCUGAUCAGGAAUGGGCUCUUUGAAUAAGCUUACUGAUGUUAAGGCCAAUUGUAAACUUCCUUCUUUCAAGUUUAAAUCAUUGACUAAUUUUAGACAUUUUAAAACUUUUUUCUGUAUUAUUUUAGAAACUAAUGUCACAUGGAAUUUCUUACACUUCCAUAUGUAUGCAGCUGGGUGUGUUUUGGGAGAGGAUGGAGUGUAUAUGUUCUUUUGUAGCUGAAUUGCAGCAGCUACAAGAAUGGUGACUGAUGACUGUGUAUACUUUUGAUCUAACUGUGGGCACAGGACAAGUGUUUGUGUUCACUGUCAAUGAUACUGUGUAAUUAGUUUUAUCACCUAACAUGUGGUGUAUGUAGAAACCUAAAAUGUGGUGUACAUAGUCUUGAAGUGCCCUAAUGUGCCCAAUGUAUACCAAUUUAAAGAUGCAAUUCACUCAGCAGAAUGUAUGGCAUGUGUACAUGCCAGGAGUGCAAUUAAUUGCUCUACAUCAACAAUGCACUCUGGAUUAAAGGGUAAUAAUCACUCUACUCUGGCAUCUAUGUACAGUUGUGUGUCUGUUUACAGUUUACUCAAGUAAAAGGGAAUGAUUAACUGCUGUAUGGUACCGCACUGCUCUGUGUCUCAGUUUCAGAUCUAGCAACAAUUAUAUAUAUAAACACCUUGGUUGGUAGCAGAGGAGAUGCUUUUGAGAAUAGAUUUUGUAGUAUUUAUACAGCUGGCAGAUGAGAUGAGUGCAGGACUCAACUUCAUUGUUUGCAUACGUGAGGAAUGUAGUCUUGCAUAAUGGUUUUCUGUAUUGUAAGCUUGGUUCAAUUAAUAGAGCUCUCAGAAGGUUGCAGGUUGAAAUCUUUCACCAAGAAAUGAGCUGCUUGGUCACAGCACACAUUUCAGUGCAGUGCUGACCUUCUGCUAAGGUGUUAAAUUGAGAACCUGCCUACCUGUUCAAGUCCCAUGGCCUUAUUAAAAAGAACAGAAUUUGCCUGGUGACUUGUCUGAACAUACCCUUCAAUCAAUACUACCAUAAAAACACAUUGACAACUUAUUCAUCUAAUUGCUUUUUGUGAGGUUUUGUGGAAAUUUCUUUGCAGUUCUUAGUAAUUAAUCAAAUAUGCUAAGUUUCUGAAACAUUGAUAAAGUACUUUAGAAAUGUAGAUCUUUCUUUUACAUAGGUUAGUGCUUUAUUUCACAGACUCACUAAACAAUGAAAGGUAAAUAGUAUUCUUUUCUAAACUUCUGUAGUCUUAUAAUUUACUUCCUUCAGUGUAAAACAUUUCAAUAAGUGCAUGGGAACCAAACUUCACAUUUUUACGACACUUGUAUUUGACUUUUCUUGCCUAGAAUUGAGGAUUGUUGCUGAAGGAAUGUUAAGUGGACACAAACUACCCUUCCAUAUUUACUCAUUAAAGUGUGGAUCUAGAUAAAUGCCAAAUUGUUUAGUCAUAAAGAACUUCACAGCUGAGAACACUUGGCUGCCCUCGCCUAACACCUUGCUUCAGCAGAAGGCACUGAACAGAGAUCAGAUAUAGGAACCUGACUGACUUUGUUUAAGAGAAGAUAAAAAAUAAAAAUAGAGGCCAAAAAUAGCUGUUUUCACCAUUGUCAGCAUUUGUAUACCGUAAGGUUGUACUAUUAGGAUAGGUUUCACAACAUCUGCUGAAAUACUUGGUAUUGAGACCUAUUAUUACCUUAUUGUUAUAUAUGCUAUAUUCUAUGAAAGUCUAAUAUAUUUGCAAUCGAAACAAAAUAAUUAUCUGGUUAAAUAGAACAAAUCAUUGUUGAAAUAGCAGACAGGAGAAUUUGAUAAUGUGUUAAGUGCCUGAAGUGUGAUAUUUCUCAGAAAUAUUUUUAGUGUUUUCAUCCCAGUUAUUUAAUACACAGGGACAUUGUAAUCCCGAGACCAUCUUAUUUUAUAUAUGAAUAUAUAUAAAUAUGUGUAGUGCAGUAUUAGAACUGAGUAAAGGAGAAGUAUAUGUUACAUAAGAGAGUAAUAUUUUGGUGAGAAAGAAAGGUUUCUGUUUUCCAAUUUUCUCUGUUUUUGAGGAAUCGGCUUUCUUCUGACUCUGGACAGAUGAAGAAAAGGGGGCAAAUAUUUGUUUAUUUUAGAUCUCUGCACUGUUGGUGAAAGUUUUAACACAUUAUUCAGUAUUUUUAAGAAUUGGUACAUGGAACAUGCAUAGUAAUGUCCCUUUUUCCUCGUGCGAAACAAAGGUGGUGUUACUAGAUUGUUUCAUUACUUUGAUCAGUAUUCACUCAUAUUUAAUGAGGAUUGUGUGGCUUUCCUGGCAACGGUAAGGAUUGACAUUUUUGUAAGCAGCACAUCUGUUAAUUCAAGAAAACAGUGGAUUGCAAGCUGACUGUCUUUCCAAUACAUGCUCUGUUAGGACCUUCCAUCUUAAUGUAAUCUGUACCUAUGAUAAAACUGACAACUUUUUAAAAGUAAUACAGCAAAACAUAAAGAUUGAAACUGCUUUUCAGACUUAAGUGGGUUAUGUUCGUAUUUGUGGUUUUUUUCAUUUCUAAUUUUAGGAAUUUUGUUUUAAAGUUGGAGGAACGUGGCUGCUAUUCUGUACCAGUACUCCAUUUCUAGCUGAAUGACUGUUGGUUGAAGUGUUUUGUUUUGGUAUGAUAAAGUAGAAUCCUAAUUAAAUGUGAAUCUAAUUGCAGGAACAGUUCAAGCUUGGUUUAUAUCUGUUUUUUACUAAUACAUAAGAACUGGACUUUCUGCUCUUUGGUAAUUAAUAGGAGAAUCUAGCCGUAUAAUAGAAUGUCAGUAUAAUAGAAUGGAAAGUACCAACUCAGACACAAUCUUAAGGUAUGUUGCAUUUUAUUGUACAAUUUCCUUUAGGCCUGGUUGCUAUUCAUCCCACUUUAGACUAGAAACAGUUAUGGUAAAAUGUAAUAACCUUACUUUAGACAGUUAUUUCUUUUAAUAAUCAGUUUCAGUUUUGUAAUUGAUGAAUCUGUACACAGCUGUAUGCAUCUACCAUGCAAUAACUACUGCUGUAUCAAUUACUUUACUUCACUUCGGGGCACAACAGCCAAUAAUAGCCCAUUUCAUGAUUAGUUGACCAAUAUUGUCUAUCCUAUAAUUCCAUAGAUCAACUAGCGCACAAUGUUACUGAACUCUUGAGUGUGAAUAUCCUGUUAGUGUUACCACAGUGCAUGCAUUGAAUAAUCUGUAUCUUAAUAUUCAGAUGGUAGCUACCUUUUGGUUUGCAUAUUUCUGUUAUGUAUCCUGGUUUACUUUUGUCUUCGUUUUUAUUGUAAAGUGUUUAUUUUAAUUGUAAGAGAUAAUGCCGUGAAAUCAUUCUUCACCUAUCGUGUAAAAUGGAUGGCAAUGAAUGGCUGCCCGUUUUACAUCAUGUUUGAUUCUUUAUUCCAUUGAUGUCAAUGGGGCUGCCUAAUGUCUGUUAAUAAAUUGUACAAAGAAAA